GGAAGUUCAUACGUGCAUGAUGCCCGCCUUCAAUCGUCUUCUUGUUCUCGCCGUCUUGGGGCUUUUGCUCUGCGUGUACUCUAUGCCCAUCCCUUCAAAUGCUGGUCGCGAUCUCGGCACUACUAGUGUUGCUCGACGGACUCUCCAUGGUGCACUGCUCACAGAGCCUCACAAAGCUGACGAAGGUAUCCAGGCACGCCAUCACGAACGCUCAAAUGAUACCGAGUUCAUUGGGGAAGACCGUGAGGCCUCUGCCCUCGAGCGCCGCAAGGCCGUCAAGGCAACCAAAGUAUCGACACCCAAGGUCAAGGCGGCCCCCAAAGUCAAGACGCCUCCUCCUGUGCAGGCUCCUCCGCCAGUGAAGGCCCCUCCUCCGGUGAAGACUCCGGCGAAGACGACAGCGUCGCCGCCCAAGACGACCAAGGUCACUCAGACUACGUCGAAAAUCACGUCAUCCAAGACGACCUCUGCGGCGACGUCGACCGCUGGUGCUGCCUGCCCUAUCGCGGCGAAGCCCCAGUCCAAUCCAAGCUCCACCUGCCCUUCUUUCGGCGUGCGUCCGACUUGAUCACGCAUCUCUUCCAGCGUGACAGCCAAGAAUUCAUCGGCUGGCACGGUACCAACAGCGACACGGCUGGUUUCUGGGCGGAGCGAGGUGAGCUCGCCAAGCCUGAGAAGACGGAUGGGUUCCUGGACUUCAUCGGCCUCGGACCCAAGAAGGACGAAGGCACGAGUGGUGCUGACGCGGAGAUCGGCCCUGGUGUCUACGUCACGGACGACCGGGACAUCGCUAUCGCGUUUGCCAACAACAAUGCUGUCGUGAACAAGAAGAAAAUCCCCAAAAUCACCGCCCAGCUGUGUGCGAUCUUCGCCAAGUCGUCUGGUAACUGGCGUACUACGAUCCGCAAGGCAUUCUUAACCGCCGAAAAUCUCGUCGGGGAUGCGUCGGACCCGGUCAGGAAGAACCAGCUCGAGCAGGCGCGUCUCCAGCACAUUAAGCAGGCCGUGCCUGGGGUGAGCGCGACGAAUGUGGUUAGGUUCUCGCUCCUCAGCCGUAGCACGCACACCGGUCAGCUCGUUCUCCCCGCUGGGAUCACGAGCCAGUUUACCGCGCAGUGUGUCGAGGUCCCGGUUAACAACCAGCCGGCUGCCAAUGCCAACACCAAGCAGUUUCCCAACUUCAGCUACGCCGGCAAUGCCCAG